CGCUGGACUCCUCACAGCUGCAGACUCUUCUGUUUUCUGGUUGAGCAGAAGAGAGCAACAAAUCUACAACAAUGAAGGCCUCGGUGGUCGCUGUCCUGGUUGCAACGCUGCUCGUGGAGACGCAGGGAACCUUCUACCCCGGCUGCUGGACUCCGUGGUAUGACAGAGACGACCCCUCAGGGACCGGAGACUGGGAGACUCUCUCUGAUCAACGGAAACUAACUCCAAGAGGAAUCUGUGACGAACCUCUGGACAUACAGACGCGGACAGUACAAACACAGGCCCCGGUGUCUUCAACUGGAGACAUCGCUGAAUCUGACCCUCUCAAAGGCUUCAUCUGCGAGAACAGGAAUCAAAUCCAAACCAAGAUGUGCAGUGACUACGAAGUGAGAUACCUGUGUCCAGUGGAGUUCUGCCACCCCAAAGGCUGCUGGACCGACUGGUUUGACAGAGAUGAUCCCACCGGUGAUGGAGACUGGGAAACUCUGGAGCUACUCAUCAAGGAAAAUCCAGGACGAAUCUGUAAGAACCCUUUGCAUAUGGAGGUCCUGACCGUCAGCGGAGCCAGUGUGGAGUCCACCGGGGAUUACGUCGAAGCCAGUCCCAGCAGUGGUUUUAUAUGUGACAACGGUAAACAAAGAGACAAGUCAUGUCACGAUUACAAAGUAAGAUUCUACUGCCCUGAGGAGUUCUGCCUCGAGAAAGGCUGCUGGACCGACUGGUUCGACAGAGACAACCCCAGCGGGACCGGAGACUGGGAAACUCUGGAAGAUCUUCACCACGAAUAUCCUGGACAAAUCUGUGACUUUCCUCUGAAGGUCGACGUCCAAACCACAGCCGGGGACCCCGUGAUUUCAACUGGAGACGUGAUUACAGCAUCUGACAUAUAUACCGGCUUCAUCUGCGAGAACUCUAACCAACUCAAGCCCCCGUGCUAUGAUUAUAAGAUCCGUUUCUUCUGUCCGGAAGAAUUCUGUAAAUCAAAAGGCUGCUGGACUGACUGGUUCGACAGAGACAACCCCAGCGGGAAGGGAGACUAUGAAACUUUGGAAGAUCUUUUGAAAGAAUAUCCAGGACAAAUCUGUGAGUUUCCUCUUAAUAUCGAGGUGGAAACUACAUCUGGGAACAGUGUGUCCUCGACUGGAGACGUGAUCACUGUAUAUAACGUAGUCAGCGGCUUUGCCUGUGAGAACAUCAAUCAGCCCGACAAAAAAUGUGAUGAUUACAGAGUGAGAUUUUUCUGUCCUGAAGACUUCUGCAACUCCACAGUUGUUACGCCCCCUCACGGCGGUAACUGUGGCUCCCCCUGUGGCGGUUACGGCGGGCAGUGCUGUAAACACUACACCGUGUGCUCCGACAACUGCUGUGACUCGUCUGGCGUCCCCAUGGAUCUCCUCCACACCAACAAACAACAAUGCCCCUGAAGAAAUGUUUUAUCUUUACAUCUGAAUCAGAAUUUGAUUGAGUCAUGAUUUCAGAUGGUGGGCGGGGCCUGUAUACCUCUACGGGAGAUUCAGUUUAUAAAGAAAUGUUCAAACUUAUGCUCCUCAGAUGUUUCAUGUUAUCUGUGAAGGAUUGAUUCAAAAAUAGCCAUUAUAUUCUGUGUGUUUUCUUUGAUGCAUUGUGUAACUUUUCUGGUUUAGGGUCUGUCAAUUUGUGUUCUCAUGGAGAUGUUGUUGCUUGUUAUGUUAUUGUUAUGAUGUCUGGAAUGUUUCACAGUAUGGCAUUAAACCUUUCCAUCUUCACUGAGACCAAACCAGAUCGAGUUACAGGUCAGAUCUGUGGAAGAGGUUUUUCUAUGUAUCCGUGGGCUUUAAAACCAUCUGUAAUUGAGUAAAUGUAAGAUGGAGCUGUUUAAUGUCACGCUGUGGAACAUUCCAGGUAGAGCAGUAACUAUAGAAACAAACACCCCCACCUCCUGACCAAAAAGUUACAUAGUGCAACUUUAUGUCUCUCAACUGACAACACUCAUGUCUUUGGGGUUGAAAUGUGAAAAAAAUAUAUCCACUGAAGUUUAUUAAAUGAUAAAAAUGAUGAUGAUGAAAACA